UCGGUUCGAUCUCUUGCUGUCACAAGGUAAAGUAAACAUCAAUUCUCAGGGCUAACUUCAUCUUAACACCGCCCUUAUACUUAGCCUUUAGUUGCCAAAAACAACUGCUGAAAUGCAGCGUUCCCCAUGACAAACCCAUAUUUUACAAACUCCUUCCACUUCCUGUUUUCCAUAUAUGGACUGUCCUGUCAACGGCGCAAAAAUGAUUUACAGGCAGAAAGCGCCUCAAAACGAUCUGCACAAUAUAUUGAAGUCCUUUCAAGACGACCUCAUGAAAUGCUAUUCACUUUACUACAUGCCUAAUGUGGCAUGGAGCAGAUAUUUUCUGCAUCACUCCGUGCGCUGUUCCAGUCUUCACUGGUCUGGGGUUCUUUUGACAGUCCUGUGUGCAGCGAGCCUGAUAACCUGCCACAUCAUUGAUCCAAACAGCGACGGCAAAGCUUUGAUUGGCGGAUGCACAUUGCUACUGCUUCUUCUAACUGGGCUGAUUGCCAUGACGACCCGGCAGGGGCUACAGAGAGGAGAUGCCCAGCAGAGAGGAGACUUUACUCAACACUUUACAGGAAGAGGAACACCUCGUCCUGUCUAGCAGUGACGUGUCUGGUCACCUCUCCUCCCCCCCAUCGCCAUUGGAUAGCGAAAGGCCCCGCCCACAUCGUUUGCUCCAACCACAACUCUACAGGGCAACGAAGACUCCAGCAAAGACCGAGGUGGUGCACUAAAUUGAUGGAAACAGCAAAUCUGCAUGUGACAUGAACUCUCGGUUAUGAUUCAGCUCAGAUGUUUAUCCCAAAAUUGAAUCGAAACGGAUGACAACAACAUGAUAUUAACCAGCAGUAUUAGUAUAUAAUAAUCAAAUUGAUGUGGGUGCCAUACCUUGAGCAUCUAAUAAGAAUUGAAUGAGAUCACCGACCUUUGAUUGCAGAUCUGCGUCAGGAUUAUUAUAGUCAACUUAAACUAUUAAAGCAUUUCUGUUCAUUAAG